UGUGACAAAAACGAACAUGUGUACCGCUUUCCGGAUAUACGUCCUAUCAGUUAUCUGUGUAGCAGUCGCCGCGGGCAAUGUGCACGGACCUCGAAGAUCCCGUAGGAUGGAGGUCGACGAUUCAGCACAAAACGAAAUUGACAGUGGACGAGCUGAGGACAGUUCGUGGUGGUGGACAGGCGAAUUUUCUGUUUUACAGAAACUUUACGACGACUGCAGUGCGCAAAAGCACAUGUCAAUGUGUUUGAAGGGAAAAGCUUUGAUGGCACUCACAAGAGCAGUGGAACAGGAGAGCGUUCAGCUCGCCGAUGGGCUGACGUUGGUGAAGCAAGCUGACGCACCCUCCGCGGUUGCGGAGCCGCGCUUCUUCCCUGGUAUGUCCACAGAAGAUAAGCUGGAUGCCAUGUUGCGCACAAGGUUCCAGCAGCUAAUGAACACACACACCAUUUCUAUGGAUUUGGCAUCGGAAGGCAGGGGUAGAGGUAAGAAGGUGCUUCCUUACCUGUUACUCGGUAUUUUCACUACCGUAACGAUUGUGGGAGGAAUGGCGCUAAAGACUCUAGCAGCGAUUGCCGGCAAAGCCCUCAUCGCCAGUAAGGUUGCUCUAACUAUUGCUGGUAUCAUCGCCCUGAAGAAACUGUUCAGUCACGACGGAGCCCCCGCUGAAACCACCUUCCAAGUGCACGCUGAUGGACACCAUAGAAUAUUUGAAUUCUAGUAUUUAAUUCGAAGGCGGAACCUGUAUGUGGUGAGGCCAGCGAAAGGUGGCGCGGUGGACCCGUACUCGUACGGGGAGCAGAGCACGGCGAGCGCGUAGCCGCACCAGCUCGCAGCCGGCGGCCGCUGGCCCCGCCGGCGUCACCCUCGCCGCUCACCACCGCCGCGACCACCGCGCCAACACACAAAAUAACCUCAAACCAAAGUACCGUCCUCCGCGGACAUCCCUUUGAGACGAAACGGUCGUCCAUCUCAAUUUCAAAUCUAUGUCAGUAAAUUAUUUAAUG